AUGCAAAUUAGGUGCAUGCAAACAUCCAAUCUCAUAGCCACACUCAAACAAACCUGCAAAACCUCCGCCCAAGUCCACCAAGUCCAUGCCCAGGCAAUCACCGGAGGCCUUUUCUCUCUCCACCCCACUUUCCUCCUCGCUCAAAUCCUUCACUCCUUCACAAUUUCUCCACACUCUCACCCCAACCACGCCACAAUUGCCUACCUCACCAAGAUUUUCAGUCUCAUCCCAAACCCUUCAUCUUUCGACUGUAACGCCAUCAUUCGAGCGCACACCCACCUAAGCUCCCCGUCCACCGCCUUGAAUUUCUACACCCAGAUGCGCCGUCGAUCAAUCCCACCGGAUUUUCACACGUUCCCUUUCGUCCUCAAAGCCUGCGGGAUAUCCGUUGACCCGCGUUCACUCGCCGGGAAUCUCCACUCGGAGCUGCUCAAGUUUGGGUUCUCGGCCGAUCUUUUCGUGCACAACGCUCUCGCCUGCGCAUACUCCAAAGGCGGCGACUUUAGCCUCGCGCAGAAAGUGUUCGAAGAAAGUCCGUUUAAAGACGUGGUGAGUUACAACGUCAUGAUUGACGGGCUAGUCAAAAUCGGCGAGGUUGACAGAGCACGAAACGUGUUCGAUGAAAUGCCCGAGAGAGAUUCAGUUUCAUGGGCCACACUUUUGGCAGGCUACGCAAAAUCGAGCAGGUGUGUCGAGGCCGUCGAGUUGUUUGACCGUAUGGUGGGGUCAAAGGUGAGGCUCGACAACGUCGCCCUUGUUUCAGGCCUCUCAGCCUGUGCUCAAUUGGGAGAUCUGGAAAAAGGCAAGAAAAUACACAACAUCAUUCGAAGAAACAGAAUUAAACUAGACUCGUACUUGGGCACUGCACUGGUCGACCUGUACGCGAAAUGCGGGCAGAUCAAAACAGCUGAUGAGGUAUUCCUGUCGUGCGAGCUAAAAAGCGUGUCUUUAUGGAAUGCAAUGCUCGUGGGCCUAGCCGUGCAUGGACACGGAAAACAGUUGCUAGAUUAUUUUUCAAGAAUGGUGAAAAAAAACAGAGUGAAGCCUGAUGGGGUGACGAUUCUUGGGGUUCUAGUGGGCUGCAGCCACUCGGGCCUGACAAACGAGGCCCGCAAAAUAUUUUCCGAGAUGGAGGAUGUGUACAAAGUCCCUCGAGAGCUUAAGCACUACGGAUGCAUGGCUGAUCUCCUUGGGCGCUCGGGCUUGAUAGACGAGGCAAUUGACAUGAUAGAUAAAAUGCCGAUAAAGGGAGAUGUGUUUGUGUGGGGAGGAUUGCUUGGUGGGUGUAAAAUACACGGGAAUCUUGAAAUUGCUGAGAUGGCGGCAGAUCGUGUAAUGCAGGUUAGACCGGAAGACGGUGGGGUGUACUCGGUUUUGGCGCAUAUGUACGCAAAUUCGGGAAGGUGGGAUGAUUUGGUGAGGGUGAGGAAAUUGAGGGAUUGUAGGUUAGGGAUAAAGAAGGUUGCUGGGUGUAGUUGGAUUGAGGUGGAUGGGAUUAAUCACGAGUUUGUUUCGGGUGAUUGCUUGCAUGCUUGUACUGAGGAGAUACACUGGGUUUUGAAUGGAUUGGAGCUGCACCAAAUGGCUUUGAGGACAGCGGUCGCUUACUGGAAAUCAAUGACUGGUUUGCAGGGAAGUUCGAAAUUUACUACGUUGAGUGCUCCAAAGAUGAAAGCUUACGCCCCCACAGCAGACCAUUCUCUGGCCUCUGCAGAAGGCAUCAAGACCAAGUCAAAGAGGCAGGGAGAGUUCAUGGCUGUUUACGUUUUGCUUGGCUUUAUAGGCCUUCAGAUGGGGUUCGGGCUUUUCACGGUUUUCCACCAGAUGGCCCGUGGCCCGAACGUGUUCCUGAAAAAGUCGAGAAGGGAGACUAUUCCGGAAGUUGUGGAGCCCGAGCGAGUGGCUGAGGAUGGGGAAAAGUUCGUCAAGCACUCGUUUUUCCGUAAGAUUGCCCACAUUCAGGACUUUGACAGGCAGGAGAUCAUGGAUGACCCCAUUCGUGGGGACGUUUUUGCCAGGCCGGUUCGUGUUGAGUCGUUGAAAGAUGUGGGCGUUGAGGUGAAACCCCAUUGAUCGACAGGCGAAUUAAGAUGAAGUCUUUUAAGUGAUGGUUAACUUAGGUUGAAUGAUGCAUUUUCCUUUCUUGGAGUAGAUUUGUGAUGAAUGGUGGAAUUUUUUGUUCCAUGCCUCUGUGAGUGUUGAACAGUAAUAGCUAAUAAGUUGGUUAAGGACUUCCUUAACGACAAUUCAGCUUAUGUAAUAACUAAUAACCUAUUUCCUUUUAUCCAUUUCGUCCCUUUUUGUGGUAUCUUUGUUGGUC